CGACAACGCGUGUGACCGCCGACCGACCGACCGCCCCGCCGCCGUCGCGCACACGGACGCCACACAUCCGAACCGCCACGCCGGACAUCGUCACGCGGCCCAGACACCGGACGGAGACCCGACGCCCGCACCACGGCCACCGUGAACGUGCGGCCGAAACGCGGCGUCAGUGGCGGCCGCGGUGACGGGGGCGGCGGCUGUUACGCAGCCGUCCACCUACCGUCGCCACUGCUGCUGCUGCUGCUGACCGUUUGUCACGGCGGACGCGCCGCUCCCGACAUUACCAUGUCCAUACACGGGUCCGCGAUCGGCGGCGUAGGGACGCCCGACGACCGCGACCAGUCCUUUUUCACUGUAAACCAAGUGAGUGUACCUACAUAAGUGUGCUGCGUCCUAAUCGCUUCCCAUUUAUUCAAACGAAAAAUCAAUAAUAUCGUAUAUCAAUAUGGACUGUGUGAAACACAUUUGAAAUGUUUGAUAAAUAUAUAAAUCCAACUGCGCAACAAUACGACUGUAAAAUUAAAAUGUACAAUUUCGAAUGCAAUUUUAUUGCACCUUGGACGUUUUUGUUAGCGCGUGCGGAUCGGAUGCAUCAGAAUAUUAAAAUUAACAAAACCUGGGAAGAGGAUAUCGAGUAGUGACGGUUGUAGACAAGUUCGAAUUAAAACAUUUCAGUGGUUAAGUAAAGUUCAAUUAACUAUUGGCAGGCUAAAAAAAAAAAAAAAAAAUGUAUGGAAGGAUUCGGGACACCGGUGGUGCAGCCAGAGCGGUGAUUACCUGCAGGUCUGGAUACGUACUGAUAUCCUAUUUACGUAAAAACUGUUUAUUUAAUCUGCAAUUUUACGUGGGGAACCAAUCACCUAUUCACCAAACAGUUUUGAGAUAGUACAAGUCUUCGGAUCUCCCGCCUACCACCUUGAAAAAUUUCCAAACGCGCCACAAACGGUGGCGCAGUUUCAAGUCUCGAAACCCAUGCACUCCUAUACUCCGUCACUAUUUAAUCGUACUCAACCUAAACUUACUAAACGUGUGUAAAUAUAUAUAUAUUAUUUAAUUCGCACGAUCACUAGUUUUUACAGUUCAAAAUGUUUAUUUCCGUUUAAUUAUGGACCUCCCCCAAAUGUUUUUUUCUGUGUACGGGCCUGCCUAAACACCAGCUACCUUUACCGUGGAGCUUUUUCAAUAAAUCAAAUCGUAAUAUUAUAUAUCUUUUCAAACCGAAUCAAUUUAUUGUAGCCGUCGAAAAACCCGAUCUAUAAUUGUUUCGUUUAUAUUACGUACGUAAUGUAAACGAAGUUUUACUAGAUCGGAUUAUUUAUCUAUAUACAUGUACGGAAAUAAAAUUAUUUGUAAACACUGCAGAUUCAUCCAGUUUUGGCACAAUACGUUAUAUUAUCGUCUCAGAAUUGUUUUACUGGUAUUUUUUUUUUUUUUUUUUUUUUUUGUAAGAAAGCCGCAAAUCGGAUAUCGUUGGUUAACAUGCAAAACCACUUAUAUAUUUACUUUUCGUGAAAUAAUAAAUAACCUAUCGGAACGGAUCAACAAUGAAACGUCGUUGUACACAUUUAGAAAUAUGUGUUCUAAUGUUCACAAAGGAAUACUGAUGAUACCAUUAAUAAAACAGUAGCACAAUGGGCACACCCAUCAGCAGUGAUGUUUCCUUUAGAAGAAAAUUUUGAAAGGAGGAUAGUUUUUUUUUUUUUUUUUUAUAUCUGUGCUCAACGAUGAACCAUUGCUAAUGAAAAACGAUUCUGAGCAAAGUACUAUGGUAGUCGUAUUUAUUUUAUUGUUUCCAAGGUAACCAUAAUUAUACAACAAAUGACCAAUUUUCCUAUUUAUUAAGAAAACUACAAGGAAAAUCAAAAAAUAACCUCCCCAAUGCACUAACUAAAAGUUGUCUCUACCAGAAAAUCCCUAUAAAGUUAUUGAUUGGUGCAAGAUUUUAGGUAGAAAAAUUGUUUAUAGGCACAAAAAAAACAUAGUAAUACCUAACCAAUAUAUUUCUUGUUUCGCUCAGAAUAUAAAAUAAAUCAUUACUCUAACUUGUAAGACAAGUGUACGAUGUAUUUUUGUAUACGGCGGCGAAUACAUCGUUUCACUGUUUAAUCGAUGAAUCGCUUAGUUAUUUUAUCGUGAAUAUUUGAAUAAUUUAAAUUCAUAAAUAUAAAAAUAUGUUAAAAAGGGUAGGUGCCUAUAUCUAUGAAGUCGGUGUCAUUCUGUCGUUAUACUCCCAGGCACACCAAUAGACGAAAUUUCGAUGUUAAGCAGAUAAAACGAGUGAAAUCGAAAUACUCUUCUGGUAAAUAUUAAGAGGAAAUGCAUUAUCGAUCGGCGAUUAACCGAUUCUCUUAUCGGACCGGAAAACUCUAUUACUAAAUAUAGUACUCUACAGUAUCUUGCCAAUAAAAUCUAUUCGCAAUAAUCGCGCGUUUCGAUCGCGAAAUAUUAUACUGGCUAAGUAGGUAUACUUUUUUAUUCGCAAGAUUUACAGUAAAAAAAAUAAUAAUAAAGUAAUAAUGGCUAGUGAAUUUUCAGCAUUUGAAAAUACUAGUAUACGUAGUUAACAAUUAUUUGUUAAAAUCUUUAUAAUAUUAUGCAUUACUUCCAAUUUCAGUAAGAGUAUACAGUGAUGGGUGAGAUAAAAGCAGUAAAUAUAAAUCCGUUCACUAUACAGGCGUCGUUGACGGUUCUGAUACUUUUGAUGUCUCGUUCGAAUAGUUUCAAUCCGGAAACGUAUAAAUAUAUAAAUAGGUAUAUAACUGCGGGACAAGUGAUACCGAAAAAAAAACUUGCACAGCGACGAAAUAAAUUAUUUAAACGACACACAAAAAAAUCUGAAAUAGCGAUCACUGAUUUCGAUUGUGAAGUAUUAAGAAAAACAAUCGUCGUCUGAUUAGAUAAUUUAAGUUCGACGUAAGUUUUAUUUAAUUUAAUAUUCGGUUUUUUUUUCACUUCCAGAAUUUCAAAGCGAACGAAAUGUCCGUUUUAUAUAUUUUGUACUAAAAAAUUUUAAUUACGCGCAUCGUUAUCGUAUAUAACGUGUAAUCGAUUUAGUCGCCAAAUAAUUAUCCCCAUUUCAUCGACGUUAAUCGGAAGGUGUAAACUGUUUUUAGAUCCAUGUAAUGGACACACAUUUCAUCUGUUUCGCGAAUCCGUAAAAAAUGACGGGAAUAUUAUUCGAUUGUGUUUUUUUUUUUUUUUUUUUUUUUUUGUAAUUCAGUUUAAAACUACGAGUAAUCGUAGAGACCUGAGAUUUUCACAAAAUUCUUAUAUUAUAGCUCUUUCUGGAAACCGUACGAUUUUUAAAAUAUUCUGACAGUUUUUAAAUUAUUCAUAACUAUUUUGAAUUGUUGAAUUUGUACUCGUACAUGGUUUUUAUAUGAGUAACGUUUGUUUGUUCCAAUAAAACCGCUCAAAAAUUGAAAAUUAUUUAUGCGUGAAUAAGCAAUUAAAGUUGAAGACAUUCAUUGGUAGGUAAUAAUACAAUAUUACUAUAAUCAUAGGCAUGCACUUGAGUCAUUUAUAAUAGACACUCAAAUAACUACUUAAUUGUGUCAUAAUUAAAUUUCGUAUUAAAUAUUAAAAUUUACGAAAUACAUGUUUUAAUUAAAAAUCUAUUUUUUUUUUUAUAAAAUUCUGAUAAUGAAUCGAAUACCAUUGUUGAUAAAAAUUAUUAAAAAAAAAAAAAAGAUUAACAAGUGUACAAUUGUAAAUCCCCAUACUGAACAAGAGAAUGUUCUGAUAAAAUAAAAUUACGAGAAUGUGAAUUUAGGUUCGUAUGUAGUCUUGUAGCUAUUUUUGUGGUUCCGGUAAUCUGUAUAUGCGAUAAAUGAUAAUAUAAUACCAACGCUCCCUCCCCCUCGAAAUUUUCCUCUGUGUUGGUCUUUGUUAAAAUUAUAUAGAUUGUGCUAGAUUGUACCAAGAUUGUACUCUUGGCCACUAUUUCAGUUAAACAGUCACUAAUUGUAGUUAUCCAAUUGUCAAUACGAAACCAACCGUACUUACCAAACCGAAUGAAUACUUCAUUACAGAAAUAAAAACCUAGGCUAACUAUAAUUUUGGACGUAAAAUGGGUUUAGUUAUUCGGGUUUCUUGACGUACAUUUCGCCCGACUACAUUUUUAGGACUUUGGGGCCACUAUGGUGCACCUAUAGUCUGUAGGUAUACGAACGGGGACAUUUUUUUUUUUUUCUGCUGAGAAUCGUAAAUAGUUCAUUCUUUCUAUGAAUAGAUCAGCAUUUUAUUUUUGUUACUUCUGACACUUAUUUAAAUGAUUUAUUACUAUUACAAGUGUAAUGGAAAUUUUAUUCGUGCAUUUAUUCAAGUGCCAAAAAUAUCAAAUAAAAAAAAAUAAAAACAAACGCUUGGCUUAUAUCCACGGGAAACGUUCACGAAAUUGCAAUAUGGACUUUGAUAUCACGUGACAUUUUCCCGAAAAUUGCGCCUUUAAAAAUAUCUAAACGAACGUAGGUAAAUAUUGUUAUUCUAUUACAACCCAUCUUUAUAGGGACGCAAUAAAUUUACAAUCUAUAUACAUAUAAAAUCCAAAUACCACCGACUCACUAUGUAUCUCAAAAACUGCUCAACACGUACGCACUUUAAAUUUGGAAUAGUGGUUUCUCCAAUACUUUCACCGUGCAAUAAAACAGAAUUUUUGAAAAUUGAAGGGGGUGAAACAGGGGUUUUUAUGUAUAUUUGGUACGGAUAUCUAAUUUAUUAUUUGUUUAAUUUUGUUUAUGCAAGGGUUACAUUGGUGUUACGAAAACGAAAACUAUUAUAACGAUAAUAAUAAUAAUUACAAUUGUUAUUACUAUUAUUUGCACUAUUAAAAUUCCACAAUAGAGCACAUUUAGUCCUACUCACUUCCCAUCUAUUUGUUUUCGGUCGAUUCUGACACGGCCAAAACCAAUAAUUAAUAUUGGUAAAAUAAUAACAAUAAAAAUUGACACGGGGCAACGUCGGGCGCGGGACAGCUAGUUAGGCAUAAAGAAACCGAUUAACACUGUUUUGCGCAUAUUUUUUCAUCCAGCUCUAUAUGAGCGGCGAAUACUCGUUCGAGAUUAACGAUAAACGACGAUUGACGUUUAACAUAAAAUUAUACACACUGGUACGUCACGCCGCUGCAGUAUCGCAAUAAUAUGCACGUCCCGUCUUACGAUGAACCUCCGAAAUUUAAUACACCACGCGACACCCUGUAGUUCGUGACGGGCGAACAUAAUAAUAUUUUAUCGAUUUGUUUUCGACACUAUAAGUGCGUUGUUAUAUAAAUGCGAACGAGUGAAACGGUACAGUGAUACAAUUUAAUGGUCGGUAUCCAUUUAUAUUGAUGGAUUUAUUUAUUAGACAUAAGAUGUUUGUUAUUUCGAGUAUACGUAAAUACAAUCCGAAUGAAACCGAUGAAUAAACGCCCCGUAAAUAUUUAGUUCUAAUGAUGGGCCAAGUUGCGAACACUCGCGUAACACUUCAAAAACGUCAAGUUUUUUUUAAAAAUUAUAACGGUUUUAAAAGCGAAUUAUUCAAUUGUAAUUAUUGUUGUAUCGUGCAACAACGACGGAAAUUUUUUUCACUACAAUUUUUGGUCGUUUCUUUUUUUUUUUUUUCCAUAAUAUAAACUAAGUACUCAAAUCCCAUAAGAAAUAUAUUUAUAUAAUAUGGCUUUCCGAACACUGGGCGUAUUUUAACUAUCGAGUAUGGCUCAUAAUAACAUAAAAACAGUACAACUCUAAGAAUACGUAUUUUUUUUUUUUUUUGUCCCUUGUAUCCCAUGAGACUUUAAGUCGUAAAAAAUGCGCAUCGAUAAAAAGAAAGCCGUUCUUUAAAUUUUAAUUACUCGUCGUAUUAUGCGACGAACGUUUCCGUCUCUGUGUAGAUUGGAUAUUAUAUUAUUGUUGUACGCGGUAUAUGAAAUUGUCACGAUCAUUUCUUAAGCGAUUAUAUUCUAACGAAUUUAUGAUUUGCCAUUGUGUAUAUUAAUCAAUGCGAAAAUCUCACUGAGAAAUGUUAUUUAUCCGAACUUAUAGUUCUACCGACUAUUAUAAUACGCAAAUAGGUUAGGUUAGGUGUGACAUAAAGUGAGAUUUUUCAUAUUAUAUAUGUCAUUAUGGAUUGCGUAGACACCACAAUUAUUGUUGGGGACAAUUACGACUUGUUUUUUGCUGAAUAUCAAACUUAGAAUAUAAAUUAAAAACUAAAUACUCGAUAAAAAAAAUACAGUUUUUUAUUUUAAUUAUUAUAGAUAUAUUUUAAUAAAGAUAAUGUGUUUCCAAUGGGGGUUUUUUUUUACAGUUAUUUUUUAGAAAUCCAACCACAAACAAUUUAAAUAAAAUAUGAAUUAAUUAAUGCAUUUACAAAUUCUUAAUCGUAAAACACCACGUAAUCGUCAAACCCAAAACAAUAAGCGGUAGCUGUUAUUAUUUUUAGUUAUAAUUAAACUUGAGUAAUUAUUUUUCCAAAUGAUUUAUUUCUUAUUUUCGCACUUAAAUAAUACGAGGUGAGGAGAUAUUUCGUUGAAUAAUUUAUUAUUCACACUGCACACACUAUAUCGCAAUGUUUCAAAUAAAUUGUAUUGUAUGAUGUAACAAAAAAAAAAGAGAGCUGAUACUGGGGAUGGGAGCGGCGUCUGUUGUAGGUGAGAAGCUAGGGAAGGUAGGAUACAUAAAGUUAUUUCAUUUAAACCUGUAAGCAACGAUAUAAACCAUUGCCUGACGAAAAACGAUUCCAAGCGCAGUUUGUUAAUACAUAAUUUGAAGUGUCGUAUUUUUUUUUCGCAAUUUUCAUUUGAAUUUGAUUUCAAAACGCUUAUUAAAAAAAAAAGUCGUGCGAAGAUUUUGGAAAUUUUACUACGUCUAGGUAAGUCCAAUAUAAGUAUUAUUAUCAAGUUUCAAUUCUCUACAUCUCUACGUGUAUUUAUAAUAGAAUUAUAGCAAAAAAAAAUCUCAAAAAUUAAAAUUACUUAGAAGCUCAAAAGUGGCUCAAAAAUGUUGGCGAUGAUAUUGUAAAAAAUUAAACCAAAAAGGCAACAAAUAAGGAGUAUUGCGAUUUUUCAAUUAAAUCAUUUUUUCUGGUAGAAAACGUCGUCCGUGUUUUUAUAAAUUAAUGAAAUCGUGAAAUUGUACGUUUUCCUACGUUUUUUCCCACUUAAGUGCUUUGAGAAAAGUUGCAACACCUAAAAAACGGAGUAAGUUUACUAGGAAAAAACGUGUCCACAGACUAGAAGAAAAAAAAAUAAACAUCUUAGUAAAACAAAUGGCUCGCUGGCUACGCUCGGAAUCUAAAAUGAACAUUUAAUGUGUUAUUGUUAAAAGUUAAGGUAGUAAAAUAAUGUUUGGAUUUUAGAAAAUGAAUAAUAAUUUAACAUUAGUACUUCAUAUAGGACUUGAUGUUUUCUUUUGUGUAGUCCAUUUUAAUAAAAAAAUCUGAAACUUCUAAAAUAGACAACGUACGUACCUAUAUUUUGUAUACAAAUUUUGUAAAACUUUACACAUUUCCGUAUUCUGAACUAAAAUGUAUAUACAAUAUUAACAUAUAUACUUCGCACCAUGGGUAGAUGGCAGCACUAUGGCAAUAGUUUGGAAGGUGGGAUACAUAAGACUAAAAAUAUGUUUAUGAUUUUAUACCAUAUAUCAUUUAGUUUAUACUUACGAUAAAUCAUUGUAAACAAAAGACGAUUCUGAGCGGAGUAAUAUUUAAGUGUUUUUUUCUUGUGUCCAAUAGAAAGAUAAGAUAUAGAAAUUGAUAAAAAUUUAAAUUCCUAAAAAUAAUUCAUAAGGUGUCAACUGUUGCAAAAUGUCGAUUUAUGUUUCAAAUAAAGUACCAUAGAACAGAUUUUUCUGUUUUUUUUUGGAAAAAUACAUUCGUUUUUGUAAAAAGUGUUGAAAAUAUCAAAAAAUAUUUCAAAUAAAAAUUGUAAUAGAACAGUAAUAUUGUAUGAAAUAUUAUAAGUUAUAUUUUAAAACUUCUAUUCUCGUUUCUUCAAAAUUGAAUCAGUUAACUAUUACAUUAUUUCUUUUCCUUUUUUUUUUCUUUCUUUUUUCACUAUAUGUCUGUCAGCAGACCAUGCGAUGCUCUAAAACUUUUAUGUAACCUUCUCUGUAGAUUUUAAAUUAAUCGCAGAUGGUACUUUCUAUAUAGAUUAUUUUUAGUAUUUCACAGUAGUUCUCCGUAAAAAUCAUUUAAAAGACAAUAUGCUUCAGUUUCUAUCUAAAAUAUAUUAGCUCAUAAAUUAUCGUACAUGGUAAUUUUUUUUUUUAUCGACAUUUAAAAUAAAUUUAUAAUAAAAGAACAUUUUUAAAAGAUUUUUUUUUAUACUGUGUACAGCAAUUCUUCUAAAAAUCUUGCUCCGAUAUGUAUGCGCGACACCAUUUCUGAAAGGAGAUAUUGUCUAAAUGGUACCUUAGGAAGGCAUUUUUUGAUUUUUCAAGCGGUUUUCAUAAUAUCUGGGUAAAAUCAAGAUAAAAUGUCAGAAAAAAUGGAAAAUGUACGAAAUAUAAAUAGGUAUAAAUAAAAACAUGUUAUGAUGUUUUUUUUUUUUCUAUGUACAACAUUUCAACCAGCAAUUUUACUCCGAUUUACAAUGAUAGCACUUUUUCUUAAAGGAAAUCUGACUGGAGAGGUUCUUUAAAAACAUCAUUUUUCGAUUUUCCCAAGAGUUUUUCCAUUUAAUGUGAAAAAUCGGGGGGAAACAUGGGAGAACCGGGGAAAACGCAGGAAAAACAGCAAAAUCAAUACAAUAUUAAACAAAUAUUAUUAAAGAAAACAUAUAAAGUAUGAAAAAUAUUCGAAUUGGUUUAUAUACAUACGCGUUACGUUCAGGUACACGGAUAUAAGAAGACGUAUGUUAUAAUUAUCUAGAAAUAAGAUCAAUAAUACACGGUUAUUUUGUUAAAUACUAUCAAAUAUCUUCAAAACUACCGUUAAAAAACUUCUCGUAAAUAUUACUUAAAAAAACUUAAAGUUAUUUCAAUAAGCUUAAUUGUAAUUGAUUUAUCGUCUUUCCAAAACUUUUUUGUCUUUAUGCAAAACUUUUUAAACGAUAAUACAUUAUCGUUUUGACCUUUUCUCCAAUAAUCAAAAAUCUAUGUUACAAUAGAGGUAAUAUACUCUAAUUGAUUUAUCAUCCUUCCAAAACUUUUUAAACGAUAAUACAUUAUCGUUUUGACCUCAUUCUCCUAUAACCAAAAAUCUAUGUUACAAUAGAGGUAAUAUACUCUAGUAAAUUAAUAAAUUCCUCGUAAAAAAUAUGUAUAGGAGCCUAAUAAUAAUUGAUUAGUAUACGCGUUUCGUACAUAUCUUUAAAGGCAAAGAGAAUUUGUGGUACACAUUUACCGAUCCAUAAUAAGAUAUUAUAAAUAAUUUAAGACAAAUUAUAAAAGCAUACGAAAAUGUAUAUUUCAGGCUUUUCAGCCAUUAAACCUGAACAAAUAAUAUUGCCAACAACGUUGUCGAAAACAAAAAAAAUACAGUCUGUAAUUUUUGUCUCAAUCUAGAAAAUAUUCGUAACUAUGAAGGAAAAUAUUAUAAUAAUUAAUCGUUUAAAAUAUACGCGUUGGUAACAAUUUUAAUGAAAAUUAUAUUGUGUAUAACAUGCGAAAACAUUAUAUGGAAUAGGAAACACAGUAUCAUCGCCAAAUAAAUUUAGCCAAUACGACCAGAAACAUAACAUUACACGAUAAUAACUCUUAUAACAUAUUACACUUCAUGUGUAUUUAGAAAGUUGACAUACAAACAUAAUAAUAAUGAUGUUUGAACUUUGUUGUGUGAACAAAUAAAAUACUAAAAUUAAUCGGCGUUAACACAUAUUAGUUAAUUCGUUUAUUUAUUUUACGGUUUUUUAUGAUUUUUUUUUUGGCAUAUAAAUGACCACGGGGAAAAAAUGACUUCAGGCACGUAUGUUUCUCUUGAAAAAUGUAAACACUCGACCUGAUACUAUAAUAUAUUAACGCAAUCGCAUCGUUUCGUUGCAGGUCCAUACCCUUAUAUCCAGUAUCGAGUUCAGGCUCAGGGAUUUGUCGAAUACAUUCAGGCGGGAUCAACAAGUGGAAAGGAUUAACAACAGAAUAGACAUGAUGUUCAACAAGCUCAGUAAUUUAGAAGUGUCCAACGGCAUAUGGUUCGAUAAGUUUCAACAGGUAUUUGUCUCGUGUAUUUUAUCAUCAAGGUAACGUCAAUGGUAGUUUUUUAUGCGUCUGAUGGGUAAUUAAAUAUAGAAAUAAUGAUCAUAGUAAUAUGAUAGAUGUGGUACUGUUCGAUAUUCUCGACGAAAAAAUAUUAUUAUCGAAUGCUGUUCAUAAACCUAUACAUAAGUACUUUUACCGACUUAAACGCUCAACGCCUAAGCAAAAAAAAACUAAGAUAAUAAAACAGUGUUUACUAUAUUAAUUUAUUUCACUCGAAAAUGUGCAAACGAUAAAACUUUACACAAAGUAAGAUUAUUUUUUUUUACGAGUUUAUUGAAAAAACUUAAUUAAUUUACGAAAUCAUCAUUUAAGUAUAUUAUCGUCAAUGUAUCUAGAAACAAUACUUUUGGAUGGGCGAUAUCCAGUGCAUAAAUUCGAUUCGUACAUAAAUAUUCGCAACGCGGUUCAAUGUUCAUAAUUAUUGAAACGCCUACGUAAUUACAGAAAAAAAAUAAUAUAAAGCUGACGAAAAUGUUUUCGAACGUAUAAUUUCUAAUCGGGGGCAUAGUGGCGUGUAUCGCAUAUCACAAAACAUAUUUAUGCGUCAGCUCGAUUAUAAUGAAUUCAAAGAAUAACAGUAAUUAUUGAAUUAUUUGUUGAUUAUAAAAAAAAAUCUAUUUUUCAGGGGAAAUUAAGCGCCAAUAUUAUUAAUACUGUUAUAAUCGUGUUCACGGAAAAUAUUAUUUAAUAGAUGCAGGAUAAUACAGGAUAAUUUUAUUUUUUCGCGAUCCGACUAUUAUUUCAAAAUUUUCAAAUACAAGCGAUAUUGGUUUAUAUCUGCAAUCAUUAUAUUAUGGAAUAAUAGUUUUACUUAUUUACAUAUAGUUUUCAAACUCGUUUCGUAUAUGUGUUUUUUUUUUUUUAAAAUUGCAACAACAGAUUUGAUAAUAGAAUAUGUAUCAACAUAUUUGGACGUACAUAACAGGAAAAUAUUCCGAUUUGUUAUAAAUAUUUGAUAAAUCGAUAGGCAAUAAUCAUUUUAAAGUAUAAAGAGUGAUGGCAAAAAGUUGAAAAAAGUUUGGAAAUAAAGCUUAAGCAAUUCAAUAAUUAUCGGAGGGAGAGGAGGGGGAAAUAGAAAUGUACGAAUUUACCGAAUAUACUCCAAGAAAUUUAUUGGAUCAGAUAAAAAAAGAAUUACCCUAGCUAUACUAUAUACCGCACGAAUCGAAUAUAUUAUUAUUAACAACAGCGUGGGUGAAAUUUCAGUCGGUGAUGGAGGAAUGCGGCCCAAACCACUUGACCAGACGUCUGGAUAAGGCACAGCAGCAUCUGGAAAUCACAUUAGAGCACAUAGAAACCACUCUCCAGACUGUGCAAAAUCAUCAGGUACGCAUAUUAAUAAAAUAUAAAAUCGUUGGAGAGUUUUUUUCUCCUUCGCCCACGUCCUCUCUCUCUCUAAAGUACAAUACCUACAUCAUAAUUCACAUACGUGGGUAAGAAAAUAUAAAAUCGAAAACUAUAAAUAAAAAGGUAAAAUUAUAAUAAUAAUAUCAAUGUAUGAUCGCGACAACAAAACGUGAACGCAACUAUCGAAAUUCCUUUUAGCCAUUACAAAUGCAUUUAUAGAGCGGCAACCUUUGGCAUUGCAAUCGUGUGGGUGGCCGGGCGGGCGAGAGAAGAAAUAUAACUAGCUGGAAACAUUGACGUUUGUAUAUUAUAAUCUGCUGCAGUCGGUCUCUUGCAGACGGCUGGCAAUCGGCCAAAGAUGAAACGAAAACGAUUUUUUAACGAACCAUCUCGUCCGUUUUGGAAUAUAUAUAUAUAUAUAUAUAUAUAUGUUACAGAAAGAACUGGAGAAAGAAAUUAGAAAAGUGGCUGACAGACAGACGGAAUUGUCCGCGGAGAUUCAGACCAUGAGAAAAGACAUGGGUUCCGAGUUUGACAAACACAAUUCAAGUCAGAACAUCUUCAGGAAACAGUUACAAGUAAAAAAAAAAAAAAAAACAAAACCAAAAACCCUUUAUAUAGAACCAGAUAGACAUUUUCAAAUAAUUAUCAUUUCUAAGAAACUAUACCGCUCCCCUUGGUAUGAACCUACACCUCAAUAUUUUUUUAUUUUUUUAAAUCAAACCGUCUAAUAAUAAAUAUUUGUUUAAUGUAUGUAAAAUAAUAAUAUGUUAAGUACCUAUGCUAUACUAGUGUAGAAUUCAAAUUAAAACGUAUAUUUAAAGAUGUAAUAGCUCGUUUUUAAAAUUAAUAUUCUUACGAGUACCUGCUUACUUCUAAGAUAUUUUAAUAAUAAUAAUCAACAUUACACUAGCACAUCAACAACACCAGCACUACACUAUUAUUUAUUUUUUACUAUCGGUUCUUCUUCGAGGAAGCAACGAUUUGAAGAAAAAUUAAAUUUUUAUUUUCAUCCCCUAAACACAAAAAAAAACUUUAUUUAUUCACUUUAGAAAAUUUUCAAAAUAACCAUUUUAAAAAAAACAUUAUUCUUAAAAUGUUAAUGUAUCAUACAUUCAUAUCCGAUUGAUAUAAAUAUAGCCGUUUUAAUGUCUAGAAAAUAAGCGUGAAACAAUAAAUAUUCAAUAGAACAUAAAGAAUUACCGUGCUAAUUUGAAAUUUUUUGUAUACUAUUUUUUUACAAAAUGGUUAUUUUGAAAAUUUUCCAAAGUAAAUAAUUAAAGUUAUAAUUUUUUUUUUAGUUUUUUGUUUUGGGGAUGAAAAUAAAAAUUGAAUUUUGCUCCAAUCGAUGUCCCCGAAGACAAAUCACCUGAAAACUAAAAACUGAAUAGUUGAGAAGGUAAUUUAAUGUAUACCUGUAAGCAACGAUAAACUAUUUCUAUUAAAAGACGAUUUCGAACAAAGUUCGUUUGAUUAGUAAGGCAAUAAUAUUUACAAUUUUCUUCAAGAUUUCUUAAAACCAUUCUAAAAAAAAAAAAUGUCCACAUUACACUACUUCAUUGCCCACAAAGUACAACAUUUAUGGAACCUCUUAUUAAAUUUUCAAGCAUUUCAGUUUAACCUAACAAUCGUAUCCACAGAGUACCUAUCGAAUAAAAAUUACGUAAAAAAUUCGAAAAAUUAAAAUAUCUAUAAAUAGUUCAGAAAAGAUCAAAUGUUUUAAAAAUUUGACCACACCUGAAAAAAGCAAAUAUAACCUUUCUGUCAAAAUUUCACGACUACGGGUAUUUUUAACUUUAUUACAAAAAAAUUAUAAUAACCUCUCAAUCCUCUUACUAAAUAAAAUUUCCUUUCAGACAAGAUACUACACUUGAUACAUCGCGCAUCAGAGUAAGUUUUCUGUUUGAAAAGUUGUUCAGAAACAAAAAAAAAAAAAAUACACAUCAUAUUACUAAAGCCAAUAGAUCCCUCGUUACGUUCCGAAAUAAAAUUAUAAAAUUAGCAAGUUAAAUAUUAUGUUGUCUAUAAAAAUGUUAAAUUAAAGUAAUAUUUACGGAAAAUUAUACAUAAUAUACAAGAUUUAAAACCGCACACCUUGACAUGCAAAAGCGCGAUAAAUAGAAUAUUUUGUGUACUAUAAAAUAUAAUUUUUUUUUUAAUUUUUACUCAUGUGUCUCUGAUUCAGUUAUUUUUUUUUAUAGGAAACGGUUACAAAUCUUUCUCAGCAUACGAAAACCGCGGAAAAAUCGUUGAGUACCUGUUCGUGCAAUCAAAAUGACGAUCCCCUUCAAUUUCCGGAUACGAUGACUAUUAAUAAACUGGCAACAACGGUACCCCGUCUCAUUAAUAUUAUCAUAUUAUUUAUUAUAAUAAAAUAUACAUCAAUGGGUAUUUAAAUGGCGUCUGCAUUUUGACAUGUCAUUCUUUUGCAUACAUUCCCCGAUGGUUAUUAGAAUACGAAUGGAUUUUUCAAAAUUACAAACACUAACAAAUUAAUAGCAAAUAUUAUACAAUAUUAAACAGUAGUUAAAUUAUAAGGGUGGGAAGGGAGUGGAGGGGGAUAAAAUCUCUUUCUUAUAUAAGAUAAAAUUAUACGUCACAUUUAAUUUAAAUCUUCAAAGUCGGGAGGGAGGUAGAAAUGCUUAAGUUAUUAUUACUGGAGUAUGUUUAAUGAAAUUUUAAAACCGAAUUAGUUUUAUUACGAAUUAAUUCUUUAACACCUAUUGGAUUAUGCAUAAUCAGACUAUAUUUUACUUAUUUUUACAUAACCAUAUGUAAAGGAUAAUAUUUUGGUGGAGAGGAGUGUUUUUAAAUCAUAUCAUACAUCAUACAAUUUGUAUAAUUUGUAAAGAAAAACAUUUCAGAAGUCUUGUCUUCACUUUUGGUUUCCUGAAAGUUUAGUUGGGUUGAGUUAGUUAUUGGGAAUGCCUAUCAUUUUUUUUUUUUUUUUUAUGGUAAAUACAGUACUCCUUCAAAAUUAUUUCCCCUUUAGCCAUUGAUAUUAACCGUUAUAGUUAAUUUAUAUUGUGUAUCAUCAUGUAUAGGUUAACAGUAUGUAUAACGGACUCAAAGACAGAUCGGACGACAUGCACAUCUUACUCAAAGAAUUAGUUGAAAUUACAGAUAAGUAUCGCCGGAGAUUGGAUUCGGAUAGACAUGACGUGAUCACCGAGUUUUUGAACAGUAAGAAUACAUAGAAAUAAAUAGAAAUAUUUGAGUUUAUCGGAGAGAUGACGAAAAAGAAAUGAUUAUGAUUAUGAUUUAAUAAUCAUAAACUAUACAUUGUUUUCCUUUUGCAAUUAAUUUUGUUGUUUACUCAGUUUUUAAUGUAUCGUUGUAAAUCUAUGAUUUAUACUACCGUUUUACUGUCUACUGCAUUACCUUUUUAGUUUUGUAUCCUUUUUAUUUUUAAUAUUGCGGUCAUUAUUAGGUGUAUGUACACAAAUGAAUUAUGUUUAAUUCCAUUGUUUAGAUUUUUUAGUUAACAUUUCUAUCGGUAAUUUGCCGUGUAAUUUAGAUGUCUGAUAAUUUCCCUACAUUCAUAUUUUUCGGUAUACUUUAUCGAACAUGAUUGUGAUCCUAGCUUUGCUCUUAAAUAUUGAAUAAUAGUGUUGUUUAUUUUUAUUUAUCUAUAUUUUACAUUGUUUUGAGUUUUUAUUUUUUAAAAUAACGCUUUAUGACUUUACUGGAGAUUAUUGUUACUGAUUAUAUUGUUCCUAGUUUCUGUGUGGAGUAUUAUAAAAUAUGUUAACAAUGCGUUGCACUAUGUUUGAAUUUUGUGGGGGAAAAAUCAAAAUUGCCCGACAAAAAGAUUUACCGUUACUCGAUAUUUUAUCAUUGUGUUUAUGCCGUUAUUAGCUAACGAGAACAGAGUUACUGAGGGCAAAAUGUCUUAAUAUGUUCAAUUAAUAUUAAUUUUGCUGAACCUUAAGAAGACGCGUUAAGAAAAAAUGAGAAGAGCUUUAGGACAUUUCAGAAUUAAUCUUACAACCUCGCCAGACUUUCAACAAAUAACAACAAUUUUAUAAUAAAAAAAAAUGAGUUUUAUAAAAAAAAAAAAAUAGUAUUUUUUUUCCAAAUUACUACCAACAGUAGUAAGGGAUCUUUUUUCACAAUACUUUUCCAAAAAAAAAAGUAUUUUACGAGGUCCCAUUUAACGAAAUAUUACUAUAAUUAUAAAAACAAAAAUUGAUGCGAGAGUUACGUUAGUCAACGGAGUAUUUGACUUAACGUGGUGAAAGUCAGGGUUUCGUUUGACCAUCACGUGUUAUAAACAUGUCGAAUACAAAUUAUAUACAAAUCUAAAAUACAAACUAUUCUAAUCGCAGGUUUCAUAGAACCGGUUGUCGGAGAGAUAACGAUGAUUCAGAAAAAAUCCGAAAACGAACUCGAAGCUAAGUUUAGAGAGCACUUGCAAUUGCUCAUCGACGGGCAAAACUUGUUCAUGGACAACUGUCACCGAUUGCAAUCGAACGAACGGCAAAUCGAGAAUGACAUGAUACUCAUACUGGAACGGAUAUUGGACCACAUCGAUAACAAGUAAGAAUGACCUAAUCCUACCGAUCUUAUACGGAGUUGGGCGCAAAUACCUAUAGAACAACGUUACAUCCUAUAUAUAUAAUAAAGGCUUAUUAAAACCAAAUUAUAAGAGUUUCACCUAUUACGAGUAUGAAUGAAGAAUUUGAUCAAAUUUGAUUGGCAAAACAAUUAAGAUAUAAACAAUCAUGCAAAUAGACGGUAAUAUUUUUCUUACGGUCUAUUUUUUACAGUCUACAUUUUUCUUAAAUAUUUAAAGUUCUGUACUGUACACUGAAAAUAGUAUAGGCAAUCGUUCGAUUUAUCAAACUUUAUGAUUUUUAGCUUUUAACUCUUAAGACUAAAAUUUUAACUCCCAAGCCGAAUAAAAAAAUGUUAUUAUAAAAAAGUUGAAUUGAUGAAAUGUCAAUAGUUUUUCUUUGCCUGUUAUUUUAAAACAUAACCGCGAUACUGCAUGCAGAUAGAUAAUAAUACACAAGCAAUCAAAAUGUUUCAAACAUAUCCGUUUCACGGUCUUUAAACAUUAUUGCUUAUAAAAAUAAUAAAAAUGGCGCUAUGCACAGAAACAAUAGCUAUUCUUCAAUAGGUAACAUUCUAUAAGCUUCUAUAAACCCCGGUCGUUUCCUGUUAUUCUCGAUUAUAUUAACUUUUCCGAGGUGUUUACUACCACGCCUUUAGAAAAUACAAUUAAAACGCACGUUUACGAUUCACUAAUAUUGCCUGCCCUGCAGCCGUCCAUCCUGUGUAUAAUUACCAUGUAUGGGCGUAUAAUCUCGUCUCUACCAAAAAUUGUAUUCAUUAUAGUUGUCGUUAUACAAGACAUUAUAUAGACAACUAUAUGCUCGCUGUUCUCCAUGCGAUAUUUGAACGGAGAGUUGAUUAUACGUUGGUAAAAAAUAAAUGAUUUCACUCGCCAUUACCCUAUACGGUGCGGUACCUAAUCGUGACCGCGUGUUUUAGGAGCACGUCCGAUAGCACGACUUUGGAACAAAUAUCGAAAACGUUGAAGACUCAGAGUAGCCGAGAGGAGAAAAUGUUCACGGAGCUCUCGGAACUCGGCAAGACGCAGUCCGACCAGGUGGCCAGGACUGUGGCAUACUCCACCAAUCAAGUUUUGAAGUUACAUCAGGAUCUAAUGAACAUUUCCAACGCACUAAUGGUCGGCGGAGGUGGUCCGUGCAACACGGCGACGAUUACAGCAGUCAGUAUAGUAUUAUUACAAUGCACCUAUAAUUUAUAUUAUUAUAUGGUCGUACAAUCGUCGUGUACGGCCCCAUAGGCCCCAAAGAUACGCACGUAUUAGACUCCACAUAAAAAAUCACCGGUAAGAUAGCUGGUUCAAAUAUGCGGGCUUUCCGGGGGAAAAAAUGUGCGGUAACAGAGGUUAAAACGUCGCUUUAGAAAUUAAAUAUUUAUCAUUGAUUAUAAUAUUUAUCGCGCGUAUGACCGUACGUAAAAAACGAGUUGUUCGGAAAAUAAAUUCGAGUAUUCGUGCAAAACGAAAUACCUAUUAUCCAACUACUUAUAUAAUAUUAUACCGUAAAGCCGAAUUUUAUAAUUUUUAGAUGGAUAAUAAACUAACGAACGAUUUUCCCUCGGCAACAACAACGGCCUGCGUCCGAUAUUUUCAUAAUUUUAACGUUAAAAACAUAAUGGUUCGUAAUACCGUUGAUAACAACAUUAAUAAUAAUAAUAAUAAUAAAAUAAUCGGGAACUAUAUAUUACGCACAGUAUUGUGAUACAAUGUGACUUGUAUAUUAUACAAAAUAGUUACCUAUAAGCGAACGAAAGUUGCCAUAAAAUAAAGUUAGCCGCUUUCCGUUGCGUAUAACACAUACGUCGGUUCGAUAGAAUUACAAAACUGUACGUCUUUAUUUAUUUAUUAUAGAAUAUUAUACGCCAACCAUCAGUAAGUUACGAGUAAACGAAUCGAUUAAGCAUGACAGUUGAUAACAUAACAGAUUCUGAAUAAGGUGGUAAACAAUAGGCGUGUUAAUUUUCCGUGAACAGUUUGCUGCUCACAUUGUUCGCUGUACUUGAUUGCAAUAACGACAAAACGUUAUGUUUACUGUACAAUAGUUCACCAAUGCACGACCGGCGAUCGGAGACAGUGAACGUAGCUUUCAGUACACUCAGUUUUGAAACAAUCGCAAUAAAUAAUGCCGUAAACCGCCCAAUAAUAGUACACAGUACAAGACACGAAAAUAACAAAAAUCACAUUAGAUCCACCGAUCUAUAAGUAACAUUUGUAAGGGGCGAUUGUAAUUGUCCAAAAAACAGAAUGGAGUUUGAUUGCUAAUGGCGUGUGUAGAAACUUUAAAUAAAACACGGGAGCAUGGGUCGGGUGCAUCCAAUGAAUUAUUAUUAAAAAGCGCGUAAAUAGACCGGGGAGUCGAUAAUUCGAUAUCGUUACGACACAUGUGACGUAUACGACGUAUAUGUAUAAUUGAAGAGCCAUGAUACCCGCAUGAGUCGUCUUCGUCUUACGAACGUACGACACGAGAAAUUUUGGUACAGCAGGGAUAACAUUGCGCUGCUAGUUUUAAUAUAUUAGAGUGAAUUGACCCAUCAUCAAGCUUAAAGAUAAGAACAUUAUCCGUGCAACGUCGGUGCUAGUUUUAAAAUAUUGUAUUUUUUUAAGAUAAAUAUGUACGUAUUUUAAAUAUUGUAAUUGUUCAAAUGCUUAUUUCUCGCGCGUAUCACGUCCUCUUAAGAAUAUGACUUAACAUUCGAGUAUUGAUUAUCUACAAUAAAACGAUUCGCCUUUGUGUUACUGCCUUACGGUAAAACACCGACAAAUAAUGAAUUUUGAUCUACUCGAUCCAAUGUAUGCGAUGACUGGAAACGGGCCUAUCGGCAUGAUUGGUUUGAAAUUGCAAUACAGUCAUAGUAAAAUACCGACGCGUGUACGUGCGUGAGGUGUCAGAUACGAGUAUGGUGUAAACAAAUCUGAGCCGUUAGUGUUUAAAAAAAAAUAUAUCUGUAGUAAGUAUAGUUUGAAUUAAGUAGCAUUAAAUAACGAGUUUUUUAUUUAAUUUUAAAUUUAAUAUAAUAUUGUGUUCGAAAAAGCCGGGUGGUUUUUAAAUUAAUUAAUUCUGCGACGUAUACGCUUACUUAAAUCUCGACACAAUAUAAUAACACAAUUUUAUUAUUUUUUUUUUUUCAUACGAUUUAAAUGUUGUGAUAUUAGGUACGAUAAUAUAAUAUAUUUCCGAGCAAAUCAAAUACUUAAUCUUCAGUAAUAUAAGUACGAUAUGUAUGCAUAUUAUCUAUGGCCUUGUCUGUAACUAAUAAAAUAUAUUGGAAAACUAUAAUAUUAGUUUUUAACCAUACAUAUUUAGGUAUAAGUAACUAACCUAAAUAUUUUAAAUUGACUUGUUUUUAUUUUAACGCAAGAAUAAAACGAUCUCUACAUUUUUACUAAAACCUUAUUUAUCCGGUAUCAAUAAUUUAAACCGGUAAUUACCCGGAUCCAACCUUGGUCAAUGUCAACGUUACCAAGACGUCACACGCAUUAUAUAGUUUUGUGAACACUAUUCUCGCUUAUUUCGUAUCGAUUAUAUUGCGUUACGUAUUUUUUUCUUGAAAUAAUUUAUAUAUAAGUAGGUACAGUUCAUUUAAAUGCGUUUGGAUAAACAUUAAAAUAAUACACAUGUGUACAUAAAUAGUAAAUGACUCAAUGCGUAAAAAUAAAAAGUGGUAAGAAAAAGGGGAGUCAUAACUUCGAAGGGAUUUAAAUGGACGUUAUUUCGAGAACCGCUGUCUCGCGGUUAAAUUUAAUCGGCGCGCGUAAAAACAAAAACGAGUCUAUUAGUCGAACGCGGGGGAAAAAAACCCAGCCUGCAGCCUUCGCAAUCCAUUUAACCGGGGCCGUUAUUUUUAGGGAGGCUAUUGUUCGGUAUUGUCCGAGGAAACGAAUUCUAAGGGGGUCGGGGCAGGCGGCAGCACAGUUGUCGAAAGAAAAUAUUAUAAUAACGGCUCUGCUUUAUUAUACGUGUUUGAGACGAGCGGAAUACAAAAAUUUAAAAAAAGGGCGACCGUAACGGUAAUGUAAACAAGUUUGGCUGUAAAAAACACUACGCAAUUGCGUCAUUGCACGGAUAGGCCCGCAAAGAAGGCCCAUGACGUCCUCGGGGCGAAGGUUUCACCCCACAAGGAACCCCCUGACGCCACUUCUCUCGGCCAACCGAGCUAUACUUAUUACGAUCAGAUAUAGAAAAAGGCUGAACUGGUUAUGUAAUUUUCAUGAAAAUAUUGUAUUCCAACGGGUUUUUUACAGUAUUAUUAUUAUUCGAAUGAAAAUUAAUUAUUUCUGUUGACGUCAAAAUAAAAAUACCCGUAAAGGCGAAAACUACGUCCCGUACGACUUUGCACUGUAACGGGAGUAAAAAAAUAUAAAAAACCGUCUCCACGUUUUCCGAUGAUUUUUUUAUUUUAUUUUUUUUUUAUGUAUGAUACUUCUUUGCCCGUGACAACAAUAUCAACAAACAUUUACUGGUUUUUUCAUCCGCGUCACCAAAAUGACCUAAUAAACAACAACAAAAUUAGAUUUUCGUACCACAAAUAUACCGAUAACCGUUUAUCAGCUCCCCCCCUCUCAUUGUAGGGGUUGAAUACGAGGAGAAAAAAGUAGCCUGUGCGUUAGUCCUGCAGGUCUAGAACUACAUGCGCACAUCUGCGGAUAGUUUCGGCUCGAUCCGUUCAACAGUUUUGGCGCGAUGGAGUAACAAACACAAUCCGUCCAUUAGUCCGAACAAACUUUCGCGUAUCAUGUGUGCAAUACAAUAUUCGAAUAUUUUAGGGGGUUUGUCCCCAAGCCGUCGUCGUCGUCGUCGUGUAAACAAUGAUUACACAAAAUCGAUAUUAUGGUGGUUUACGCUGUCCCCGGGAUAUUCGAGCUUUUUGUGCCCAACGGUAUUGUGAUUCCGUGCGAGGUUUAUCGGUUUAUCAAAAAGAGAUCGCCGGGACCUUCCCCUUCGCUUACGAUUAGUACUGUUACACCUGGGUAGGCGCGCGCACGCUGUUAUAAUAACGACCGUAUGUUAACACGUUGUCCCGGCGACUGUUUUCAGGACGCCAACGGUUCGUCGCCGAGGCCGACCGCGGCCGCCAAUCACAACUACACGCCGUCGGCGAAAAAACCGCCAGUCGCCGAAAAACCGACGAAAUCGGCGCAGCCGCAGGACAAGCCGUCGUCGAACAAGAAACCGCCGAUGACGAACGCUUACGCGAACGACUGACCGCGGCCCGCUGCCGGUAUUACCGUGUACAUUGGUACACCCAGGCGCUGCACAGACCGUUUGAUCCAGAUGCCCGUCCCCCGACAACACGUAACAUACUGCGUGUGUCACGUGUGUUUACGCGAUCGACGCAUUUAAAUACAAUAUGUCGUACGCGAUGCACUCUCAAGAAUAAUAUUAUUGUAAUUGUGUUGUAUUGCGUUUGAAUAAAUUUCCGAUAAAUACGAAUAACAAAUGUGUGUGUCCGUCCGUGCUUUUUGUCAAAAGACGAUAUUCCAGCGCGCGCGUUAAUGCAGACCAACGGUGGCCGAAUCGACCGACGUACCGCAGAUGAUUUAAAUGUCCGUUUAUCAAGCAAUAGGCACAAUCGAUAGAGUUGUAUUAUUUUGUACGCGCGUGUGCGUGUACUAAUUGUGUACGUUUAUAAUUACGUUUGGGUCGCCCCUGUUGUAAAUGUAUUUCAAGACUGUAUGUUGGUAAUAAAAAUAAUAAAGCAAAACAAAAUCAUUAAAAUGGAUUAGUACCGGUAAAUAAAUAAAUGAAUGAAUACGUCGCCUGGAGUAUUACAACAAGUACAUUAUGCGACGGGUUUCAAAUUAAAAAUUCAUCAUCGGUUAUACCACAGUUAAAAUGUAAAUAGCCUCAAGACUAAAAGUCUAAAAGUCGAGUUUUACAUUCAUUCAUUCGUUUGUUUAUUUUAUUAUUAUAUAUACAUUUUUUAUUUGUAUAUUUAUUUACUAUAUAUUGAUUGGUCAUUACAGUCAAUUUUUAUCGGAUGAGUGCGAAUUAAUUGUUAUUCAUUUAAUAUCAUUUAUAUUUCAUGUAU